CUCCAGGUGCCUCGGUAGUCUGAGACUCCUUUCCUGUUGGGGACAUUUAAAGAGACCAGACCAGAGGUAAAUACGUGGAUCAGCGGCCCUGAGAGGGAGUCGGUACAUUCAUGAAGACAAUCUGUAUGGGAUAACAGAAACUAACCAAAUCAAGCAAACCAGAGGAAAUGGCAGAGAAGAAAUUUUUUUUUCAUAUCUGCUGGCUGCUCCUGUUGGUGCUCCAAGUCGCUGCACCUUCUUCAGCUCAAAACGCCACAACAUCUCCGGCUAACACUACCACCCCAUCAGCUCCAAAACCGAAGCCCUCUGGCUAUCGGACUCUUCCAGUUGACGUUAAAGUGGCUGUGGGCGAGCCUGCAGAGUUUAGGUGUGGAGUGUCUGAAUCAUCUAAGAACCUUACCUUCACUUUCUACUGCAGUCAUGGAAACUACACUCUGACCUGCCCUGGCGGCAAGGUGGAGGACAUUGCCGAGGCUCUGUAUGGUAGCUGUGAAGUAAAGAAUGGUGAACUGGUGGCUAUUUUGAGUCUCAAAGGAACCUCCUACUCUGACAACAAUGCACGAGUCGUUUGUCAUCAUUCAAAGGCUUCAGAUCAAUGCACUGCUGUCCUGCAUAUCUAUGAUAAUGGUGCCAGCAACGCUGUCCUCAUCGGGUGUUUGAUUGGAGGAUUCUUUGGGGCCCUUCUGGUUUUCGGCCUCAUUUUUCUCCUGCUGCCGAAUUCUUUCAUCCAUCAAAACUGUCUUAGUGAAGGUGAAACUGAAGACGACCUGGAUGCGAUUGUAAAAGAAUGAAGAAAAAAAGAGAAAUGCAGUUUAGAUAAACUGCCUUUAUCUGUAAAUGUGUGCUUCUAAAUCCAGUUUAACUGAGGUGAUGCUCAUGGUAACCGUUUUCUACAAAUGAUUUUUACUUUCCUCUGAGAGCUGCUUUCCAUCUUCUACAUUUAAUCAUUGGAUGAUGGACAUAUUUAC